AUGGCCUCAGUUUUUACUCGAAACAGUACAUUUUUAUCGAUUCUAAUGCGUUUAAAGCUCCAUCAGAGGUCUAUUCACAGACUUUUUGUCCCUAAGUGUGAAAACACUGACGAAGAAACGGCAGCAGUUGUCAGAAAGCUUGACGAUUUCAUAGCCCAAAGUCGUAACCUCUUUGUUUUGACUGGCGCUGGGAUUUCUACUGAAUCCGGAAUAAGGGAUUAUCGGUCAGAAGAUGUCGGUUUAUAUGCUGUAAGUGACAGUCGACCAAUGCAAUACCCCGAUUUUCUCAAAAGUGCUGCGAACAGAAGAAGGUAUUGGGCUAGAAAUUACGUCGGAUGGGAGGAAUUUUCGUCCAGACAGCCAAAUGAAGGCCAUUUUGCUCUUGCAACUCUGGAGAAACUGGGCAAGGUUCACUGGCUUGUAACGCAAAAUGUUGAUGCUUUGCACUUUAGAGCUGGUUCACAGCGUGUUUCGGAGCUUCAUGGUAGUGCACACAGGUAUAUUCUAAAUGUAUUGCUAGAAACAGUGUUACGUAACCAGUAGCCCAGCGCCGCACAAAUGACGUCAGAUCUAAAGUGACUAUGGAUUUGCAAUGUUUGGGUGACUUUUGUCAUUUUUGUUUUAAGGACAAACGUCAGAAAAAACGUGAACUUUUAAUGAAAAAACAUAGACAAAAGUGAGGAAUUUGCUAAUUCGCCACUUUAAAAACGAGAAGGAAAGCUGGGGAUGCGCUAUUUAGCUAUCAAGGACCGGUCAUUAUUUAUCGUCUGGGGGGGGGGGGGGGGCCGAAAACAAGGUGAAAUUUAGCUGAUCCCCCCUUUGAAUGUACUUCACUGAAGUGAUCCCCCAUAAUAACAUUUGAUGACUUUCGUGAUCCCCCCACCAUGUCUUCAUUUUCCAACCAAAUUUGAGUGGUCCCCCCUCUGAAUCCUUCCAAAGUUUUCAGUGAUCUCCCCUUUUGGGUUCUCAGUUUCGACUGAUCCCCCCUUUUGUCCCCCCCUCCCCCCAGGUGAUAAAUAAUGACUGGUCCCUUGGCCCAUUUGUUUGCCCUGGUCCCAGUAACAGUCCCGGAAGUCUUUGCGAAAGGUAACUUUGCCCAGUUCCCUUCUCGCAUUUAAAGUGGCGGAUGUUGAUUUUGAUACCAUGAAAGUCCGAAAAUAAGCCCCAGGGCUUAUAAUUUUUCUAAGGCCCUUUUUGAGGGGCUUAUACUCGGAGGGGCGUGUCUAUGGUGGGAAAUUUGCAUUUCAAAAUUGACUGGGCUAGCCUUACAGUUGGAAGGAAAUUUACCGUUUUUGCUUUGUAUUACUUUGCAUUUGAGGGAAAUUUCCAAGUACAAACCCCGAGGGGGCUUAUAUUUGGAGGGGCGUUUUAGUGGAUGUUUUUUUUGCGUUACAAGUUUGGGGGGCUUAUAUUUGGAGGGGCUUAUACAUGUAGGGGAUUAUUUUCGGGAUUAUAUGGGCCCUGGCUUGAGACUUGGGGGAAUAAACCAAAAGAAAUCAUCUUGAGGCUCAGUAAGGGUAACAGUGUAUUUUUCAUCUUUGCAUAAAAUGCAAACAGAAGGCUAACCUUGUAUUUCAACUAGGGAUGAUAAUUUUGGCUGUAUUAUUUUAGUUUGUUUAUUACAUCUUAUUCUUUUAAGGGUUAUCUGUCUGGGAUGCAAUCAGCUAAGUUCACGUCAUGACCUGCAAGUGAGGAUAAAAGAACUUAAUCCAACAUGGGAGGCCACUGCAAGUGGCCAUGCCCCUGAUGGUGAUACUUUCCUUACAGAUGAAGAAGUGCAAGACUUCAAUGUCCCUCCUUGUGCUAACUGUGGUGGAAUCCUGAAGCCUCAAGUGGUUUUCUUUGGAGAUUCAGUGCCAAAGGAAUUAGUUAACUUUAUUCAUGAGCGGUUACUGGAAUCCGAUUCAUUACUGAUCGUGGGGUCAUCAGUUGAAGUUUAUUCCUCUUAUCGUUAUGCUCAUGCUGCUUGGCAACAGAACAAGCCCAUAGCAAUUCUGAACAUUGGUGUAACAAGAGCUGAUAAAUUAGCAUCAAUUAAACUGUCAGCCAUUGCUGGGGAUGUUUUACCGAGGCUUGUAAGUUUGUCAGUUGGUUCUAAAGAGAGUGUGCCGAGGGAAACAUAACAAACAAAAAUGAGCAUCUCUCUUUGCUGAAUGGAAGUGAUCAAGCCUGGUUUUCUUCCGGUUAAACCGGCAAAACAUGGACACUUGAAAUAUUUCAGGAACAUUUUAUUGUGUUAGACCAAUCACAGCAAAAAUCAGGACACGCAAACUAGCCACAAAUCUACAAACUAACAUUCUUGCUUGUUGUUU